CACCUCUACUCAUACCACCUUCACCACUGCCAUCAGCAAAAAGGCAACAACAGAGGCCCAUCUGUAACUGUAAGCCCGCUCGUAAGCACUUCGCAAUAUGGCUUUGGAUUUUGUGGCCACCUACAAGGUGUUGGUGCUCGGUGACUCCAACGUGGGCAAGACGUGCAUCGUGCACAGAUAUUGCGAUGAGAAAUACUACGACACAUACAUCUCCACAAUCGGCAUUGACUUCAAACAGAAGCUCAUCAAUCUGGAUGGUGUGCCCAUAAAGCUGCAAAUCUGGGACACAGCCGGGCAGGAACGUUUUCGCACAUUAACAACAGCCUACUAUCGCGGCGCCAUGGGCAUUUUACUGAUGUACGAUGUCACCAAUCUGGAGAGCUACAACAACUUGUCCUAUUGGUUGCGCAACAUACAGGAGAAUGCCUCGCCAGAUGUGGUCAAAGUGCUGGCUGGCAACAAAUGCGAAUGCUCAACGACACAGCGCAUGGUGGACAAGGACAGAGGCGAAAAGAUUGCCGAAAACUUUGAUAUGCCCUUCUUUGAGGUCUCUUGCAAAUCGAAUAUCAACAUUGAGGACGCAUUUUUAUCGCUGGCUCGCAAGAUACGUGAACAGCGCGAGAGACGAGGCGACAACUUCGACAAUGACGAGAAACAGGACAAGAAAUCGCCCGGCUCGAAUGGCCUGGGCACCUUCAGCCUGGGCAGUUUGUCGGGCGAGAAUCGCUGCACCUGCUAAACUCCCUUUCGGAACGCCGAGACCCCCUUCGAGCCGCUGUAACCUGAACAAGUUGUCCACAAUGUACACUGUACAGCUCUAGCAGCCACAAUUCAUGUAGCCAAGUUUGUGCAUGUUAUUAACAAUAACGCUAAAAAUUAUAAACAAAUUAUAAAAGAAAAAAAAAAA